CCUUUAUUCUAUUUUAUGCCUCUUAGUCAACUAAAAAUCAAGACCAACGUGGUCAAGAGAAUUUACAAGGAACAUCUCGGAUACGCUAAAGAAGCCGAGAUGCAACAAAAGCGUAUUGACAAGCUUAUUGCAGAAAAUGCUGAUGAAGCAGAUAUCAAGAAACAGAAAGAAGUUCUUGCAGAGACACAUCAGAUGAUUCCUGAUGUCAAAAAGAGAUUAGCAAACGCUUAUCAAGACUUACAAAAUCAGUUGGAAAAUGCUGAAAAUGCUGACUUGGAUGAAUUUCAAGAAGCUCAAACAGUUAUCUCUGAAAUUGGAGAACAUACCGCCUAAAUAAUAAAUACCAUUUAAAAAACUCUUUUUUUUUAUA